AUGGUUUUGAGGCGUAUGUGUGGACGCUUCGCUCGUAUACAUGGAUGGCGACAGCCGUGUUCCUCUGCGCCCAAUCAUUUCAAGUGCUUUGCAUCUUCUCUUGCUCGCGAAAACACCGAAGAGUCCACCAAGAAGAAACGAAAGCGAGUCAAGUUCUCUGAACUACCACAGGUAUACCUCAACCCUGCUGGACAACCAGCUGCGCCGCUGCCAGAGUGGGCAGCGGGUUGUGAUAGUCUCCGUGUACCUAUUCCAGCGGUGAUUCAGCCGGUGAACGAUGAAGUUGCUAAGCCUGUAAAGAGGACGCGGAGGAAGAAGCAAAUUCAAGAUGCUGCCGCUGUCGUUGCACAAGAAACCAGUGUCGAGGAGACGCCUACCCCAAAGACCACAAAGGCCUCAACACUUCUAUCUCGCGAAAUAUCAUCAAAUCUUAAACGCUUUCCGCAUUGUCUAUUGCUCACCAGAGUUGGCCAGUUCUACGAGUCCUACUUCGACCAAGCUGUAGAAAUUGCCCAUCUUCUCAACAUCAAGUUGACAAGUCGAAAAUGGAAUGGAGAACGCGUUGCAAUGUGUGGUUUUCCUAUUUCUCAUCUCGACCGACAUCUCAAGACUCUGGUACAACAAGAAAAACGCUUUGUUGCUAUGUGCGAGGAAUUUCGCCUCUCCACCAACGACACAACCGUCAAGGAGUUUGAAAGGCGGAUUACCCGUAUCAUCACACCUGGCACCUUGAUCGACGAGUCAUUCCUCAACCCAUUGGCCAAUAAUUAUUUGCUCGCCAUCAACCCGUCUAGCUCUACUUUGACUGAUCCCGUGGGUCUGGCCUGGAUAGACGUGUCAGCGGGCGAAUUUUUCUCCAAACACUGCACGCUCGAAAGUAUUUCGGACGAACUUGCUCGCAUCGCGCCUCGGGAGGUCAUCCUUGAAGCAUCCUUCCGACAACAACCAGACCAUCCUAUUUUUUCAGCACUGGUCGACAGCGACUGUUUGAUAUCCUACACCUCCAUCGAAAAUACGAAUACCUCCGUUCCCCUGUCAGGAAACCAGGAGCCAUUCUAUUCCGAAUCUUAUGCAAGCACGUCUCAGCCUCAUCUUUUAAAAGGCCUUCAGCAGGCAUCCACGAAGGCGGAAAGACAAGAAAUUUCUGCAAUUGGCCUCCUAACGAAGUUCUUGAAAGAGAACUUACUGGAACACAUGCCUCUUCUUGAUGCACCCCUUCAUGAAGACGUGAAGGAUCGGAUGCAAAUAGACUCGCAUACCAUUCAGGGUCUCGAAAUCCGCGAAACUGGUUACGAAGGCAGUACAAAAGGGAGUUUGCUUAGUGUGAUUAAGCGAACAACCACGAGCGGUGGUUCCCGUCUCCUAGCCAGAUGGUUGCGUUCUCCGAGCACCUCGGUACCAGAAAUUAAUUUUCGACAGUCUCUUGUAUCUUUCUUCCAUGGUCGACCCCAUUUCCGUACGGACAUCUGCGAAAUCUUAAAGGAAGUCGACGACGUCGGUCGAUUGUGCCAGAGAUUUCUUCUUGGGCGUGCUGAUUUUGGAGACCUUGUCGCAAUUCAUACGAGCAUUGACAUAUGGGACACACUCAAGAAAGUCUGUGACACUGAAAGGACCAUGGAGAGCGCUGAAAGGUCUUCUCAGAUGGAUUUCAACCAAUGGAACUACAUCGAAACGUUGUUCUCUCGCAUGACAGACCUUCGCCAUGUCUCAGAGAAAAUAGCCAAUGCCAUCAUCAUUAACACUGACGCCGCUGAAGAUUCUCUGGACGACGACACGUCCGCAGAAAAUGUUGAGGAAACUCUCGAUACCCCGGCUCCUGCCUCAGAGAAGUCCAGCAAGGAAUGGGUUAUUGACCCGAAUGCCUCCGAGAAGCUUGCGAACUUGCAUUCCACCCUUCAAGAUCUAUUGCUAGAGAAGGAGAAGUUAGAGCGGACUUUUCAGCAGACAUACAACGCACCCUCUCUGACCCUCCGUUCUUCUCCCGGACAAGGUCCGUUUAUCCACGUAGCUCGAGCCAGACGCGACAAACGAAAACUUGAUCACGACCUCGACUUUUAUAGCAUCGGAGAGACCAUGACUACAAAAAGUUAUUUCCACCGAGACUGGUCUCAAGUGGGGAAGAAGAUUUUGGAGACAGAGAGCUCCCUCCGAGCUGCAGAGAAAGAAGUCUUCGACAUGCUUCGCCUUGAGGUCGUCGAACACUCGGCCCAACUAAGGAAAAACGCACAAGUCAUCGACGAACUUGAUGUAUUAGUCUCAUUUUCCCUGCUCGCUGCUGAAAUGAACUUUGUGCGCCCAACAAUCACUGAGGACGGCUCUUUCCACGUUGUUAACGGCCGACACCCUUCCGUAGAGAUGGGACUCCUCUGUUCAGGGCGGCAAUACACCCCGAAUUCGGUUGAAAUGACUUCAUCCUCGAAUCUGCAUAUCAUCACUGGGCCUAAUAUGGCCGGAAAAUCCACCUUCCUUCGCCAAACUGCUCUGAUUGCUAUCCUGGCGCAGGUUGGGUCCUUCGUUCCUGCAGACAGCGCGCAUAUAAGCGUCGUGGACAAACUCUUCUCGCGUAUUGGUGCCAAAGAUGACCUUUUCCGCGACCGCAGUACGUUCAUGGUUGAGAUGUUAGAAACGGCUGACAUUCUUCGCCGUGCUACUGACCGAAGCCUGGUUAUCAUGGACGAAGUUGGCCGCGGCACAACGGUCAAAGACGGACUUGCGAUCGCUUUUGCGGCUUUGUACCACCUGGUCAUUGUGAAUAAAAGCCGCUGCCUCUUCGCAACACAUUUCCACGAAUUAUCCGAGAUGUUAGGCACGAGCGACAACCUUCGAGGAAGUGGGGCAUUCCACAAUGUCCGUUUUUAUUGCAGCGAUGUCGUCGAUGUUGGAGAUGGUCAUUUCACUUAUGCUUACCGACUCCGGCCUGGGAUUAACCGCGAUAGCCAUGGGCUCAAAGUUGCCCGUCUGGCGGGUGUCCCUCCAGCCGCAAUGGCGGUUGCUACGGAUACUCUGGACUGGUUGAGAAAGCACGGCACGAAUAGAAUACAACAGGAACAUGGCCAUUUCCUUUCUUCCACUCUAGGGUCUAUGAAUUAG